AGGGGCGGGCCCUGAGCCGGCGCGUAAUCGGAUAGCUCUGCCGCGGCUCUGACAUCCACAUGCUGCUCGGCCUGAAAAGGCUGGGGGGAGCCGGAGGGGAAGCAGAGAAGGCGAGCGAGGCACCAGCCCGCAGCCCGCCCCCGGCACAUCCUCAGACGCGCAGACCUCGGCGAGGCGCUGGGCGAGGUGGAGGUGAGGGCGGGCGCGAGCGAACUCGGAGAGGGGCUCGCUCACUCCCAGGCGAUCCCAGCCGCCGCCGCCCCGCCGGCAGCAGCAGCAGCAACAGCAGCCGCAGCCGCAGCCGCCGCAGCUUCUUUCCUCUAACUCCCCUCUUCAGGCUGGCCGAGCGGGUGUAGUCGUUGGGGAGGCUCCCGCUAGGGGAACCCGGCGAGGGCAAGAGCUGGGCGGCCGCCUCCCACUCGGGCCGUCCGGCGGUGGCUGCCUCCGCCCGCGUGUCGGUCCCGGGUGCCGGGGGAUGUGUGUCAGUUUACGCCUCUGAGAUCACACAGCUGCCUGGGGACCGUGUGAUGCCCGAGGCAAGUCUGGGCUCUUCUUUUUACUAUUAUUUUUUUUUUCCACGCUUGGCUUUCGGGAAAUCUUCGUGAUGUUGUAAGAUAAAGGAAAUGAUACUUUGAGGAACUGGAGAGGACAUAGAUGCGUUUUGUUUUUAAGAGAGGAAACCCGUCCCCUCUUCCCAGCUUGCUCCCGCUUUGCCGAUUUCAAGAGCCACCCUCCUCUUAGUGAGGUGAGACUCCAGCAGGAAUAAGGGUGAAGACGGGCCGCCAGGACCCAGGAGGGAAACACUGACCAUUAGAAACCUUUGCAGAAGACGGUGUAAGGAAGAACGUAAGAGAGAGAAAAACACAAAGACUUAAAAUUAUACAAGAAAUCUACAAAUCCAGCCCUGGAGAAAGCCUCCUUCUCCAAAAUGGAUAUGUUUCCUUUCACCUGGGUUUUCUUAGCUCUCUACUUUUCAGGACACGAAGUGAGAGGCCAACCAGACUCACCCUGUGGAGGUCGUUUGAAUUCCAAAGACGCUGGCUAUAUCACCUCCCCAGGGUACCCCCAGGAUUACCCAUCCCACCAGAACUGCGAGUGGAUUGUUUACGCUCCUGAACCCAACCAGAAGAUCGUCCUCAACUUCAACCCUCACUUCGAAAUUGAGAAGCACGACUGCAAGUAUGACUUCAUCGAGAUUCGGGAUGGGGACAGUGAAUCCGCAGACCUCCUGGGAAAGCACUGUGGGAACAUCGCCCCACCCACCAUCAUCUCCUCGGGCUCCGUGCUCUACAUCAAGUUCACCUCUGACUACGCCCGGCAGGGGGCAGGCUUCUCCCUGCGCUAUGAGAUCUUCAAGACAGGCUCCGAAGACUGUUCCAAAAACUUCACGAGCCCCAACGGGACCAUUGAGUCCCCUGGAUUCCCCGAGAAGUACCCACACAACUUGGACUGUACCUUCACCAUCCUGGCCAAACCCAAGAUGGAGAUCAUCCUGCAGUUCCUGACCUUUGACCUGGAGCACGACCCUUUGCAGGUGGGAGAAGGAGACUGCAAAUAUGAUUGGCUGGACAUCUGGGACGGCAUUCCGCAUGUUGGCCCUCUGAUUGGCAAGUACUGUGGGACCAAAACACCCUCUGAACUCCGCUCAUCAACGGGAAUCCUCUCCCUGACCUUUCACACAGACAUGGCGGUGGCCAAGGAUGGCUUCUCUGCACGCUACUACCUGGUCCACCAAGAGCCGCCAGAGAACUUCCAGUGCAACGUCCCCCUGGGAAUGGAAUCUGGCCGGAUUGCUAACGAACAGAUCACUGCCUCAUCUACCUACUCCGACGAACGGUGGACACCUCAACAAAGCCGGCUGCACGGCGAUGACAAUGGCUGGACCCCCAACUUGGAUUCCAGCAAGGAGUACCUCCAGGUGGACCUGCGCUUUCUAACCAUGCUCACAGCCAUUGCAACGCAGGGAGCAAUUUCCAGGGAAACGCAGAAUGGCUACUAUGUCAAAUCCUACAAGCUGGAAGUCAGCACUAACGGGGAAGACUGGAUGGUCUACCGGCAUGGCAAAAACCACAAGGUAUUCCAAGCCAACAACGACGCAACGGAGGUGGUUCUCAACAAGCUGCACACGCCACUGCUGACCAGGUUCGUCAGGGUCCGGCCCCAGACCUGGCACUCAGGCAUUGCCCUGCGGCUGGAGCUCUUUGGCUGCCGAGUCACAGACGCCCCCUGCUCCAACAUGCUGGGGAUGCUCUCGGGCCUCAUCCCUGAUUCUCAGAUCUCGGCCUCCUCCACCCGCGAGUACCUCUGGAGCCCCAGUGCUGCCCGCCUGGUCAGCAGCCGCUCUGGUUGGUUCCCCCGGACCCCUCAGGCCCAGCCAGGCGAGGAGUGGCUUCAGGUGGACCUGGGAGUGCCCAAGACGGUGAAAGGCAUCAUCAUCCAGGGGGCCCGUGGGGGAGACAGCAUCACUGCCGUGGAAGCCAGGGCGUUCGUGCGCAAGUUCAAAGUCUCCUAUAGCCUAAAUGGCAGAGACUGGGAAUACAUCCAGGACCCCAGGACCCAGCAGCCGAAGCUGUUUGAAGGGAACAUGCACUAUGAUACCCCUGACAUCCGAAGAUUCGACCCCGUUCCGGCACAGUACGUGCGGGUGUACCCUGAGAGGUGGUCUCCAGCAGGGAUUGGGAUGCGGCUGGAGGUGCUGGGCUGUGACUGGACAGACUCAAAGCCCACCGUAGAGACCCUGGGGCCCACUGUGAAGAGCGAAGAGACCACCACCCCAUAUCCCAUCGAUGAGGAAGCCACGGAGUGUGGGGAGAACUGCAGCUUUGAGGAUGACAAAGAUCUGCAGCUCCCUUCAGGAUUCAAUUGCAACUUUGAUUUCCCCGAGGAGCCGUGUGGUUGGAUGUAUGACCAUGCCAAGUGGGUCAGGAGCACCUGGACCAGCAGCUCCAGCCCCAACGACCGGGUGUUUCCAGAUGACAGGAAUUUCUUGCGGCUGCAGAGCGAUGGCCGGAGAGAGGGCCAGUACGCACGGCUCAUCAGCCCUCCCGUGCACCUGCCCCGGAGCCCCGUGUGCAUGGAAUUCCAGUACCAAGCCACGGGCGGCCACGGGGUGGCGCUGCAGGUGGUGCGCGAGGCCAGCCAGGAGAGCAAGCUCCUCUGGGUCAUCCGCGAGGACCAGGGCAAUGAAUGGAAGCACGGGCGGAUCAUCUUGCCCAGCUAUGACAUGGAGUAUCAGAUUGUGUUUGAGGGAGUCAUAGGAAAAGGACGUUCAGGAGAAAUUGCCGUUGACGACAUUCGGAUAAGCACUGAUGUCCCGCUGGAGAGCUGUAUGGAACCCAUCACAGCUUUUGCAGGUGAGAAUUUUAAAGGGGGCACCCUCCUACCAGGGACCGAGCCCACAGUGGACACGGUGCCCGUGCAGCCCAUCCCAGCCUACUGGUAUUACGUAAUGGCCGCCGGGGGCGCCGUGCUGGUGCUGGUCUCCGUCGCCCUGGCCCUGGUGCUCCACUACCACCGGUUCCGCUAUGCGGCCAAGAAGACCGAUCACUCCAUCACCUACAAAACCUCCCACUACACCAACGGGGCCCCUCUGGCGGUGGAGCCCACCCUAACCAUUAAACUAGAGCAAGACCGCGGCUCGCACUGCUGAGGCCGAAGCAAAGGACAGCACCCCAACAAACGGGAAAGACUGCAAACACGUUGCCUCGAUUUUGCACUUUUUUCUCCUCGCCUAGUCUCUGUGUGAACUCUUAGACAUAUCUCUCCCCCUCUCUCUCUCUCUCGCUCUCGCUCGCGCUCGCGGGGCCCAAACCCUGUGUGCUUUUACUCAUCCUGACCAUUGUCCUCGGGUUCUUCUUUUUUUUUUUCCUUUUGUUGAUUCCAAACCAACCACCCCCAACUCUAAUGCUGCAUCUUGGAAUAUGAGAAGAGAUACACCCCUCAGCACUUCACAACUCAAGGCUCAGCUGGCUUUCUUUCAGAGACUGGUUCCCUGUUUCUUCCCCUUGCCUUAUCCCCUACCUCCUCUUGGUGGGCAGUCUGCCAGGAGACCCGGGAGGAAGCCUGGCUCUGUGUGUUUGUACGUAGUAUACAUUUGCGUGUGACUAGCUGUGUGUGUUGGGGGGACAUGUGGGUGUGAGAGAGAGACUGGUUCAUUGUGGGGAGUAGUGUGUGGGUGUGUUCAGAGAGGACCCCCUUUAAUUCUUGUGUUACUUCUCCGGGGGUACAUGUUACAAGAAAAUCAUAUGCUGUACUAGUUUUGUUGACUUGGAGAAGAGAUUGAAGCUUUUUGUUGCCUUAUCUAGCUCUGGCUGGGUUUCUGUUGGCUACCAUGGUCAUCUCCAGGUACCUAAAAAACUAGAGGCCACAUGAAGUAAAAUGUGGCCCCUCCCAUCCCUGUCCCUUUCCCAACCCAUCUGACCCAAGAGGAAAUUCCCCCAACGCACUCAGACAUGACCCCUUGCCAUGUCUCCUGGAGUCUUUGAAGUGGCAAGAUAGCAGCCAUCGGGUGUGUGCAGAGCCAUCUCUACUUCCAGCCCUGAAGCAAACUCGUCUCAUGUUGCCUUAUAAAAGAGAAGCUCGUAAUGAAUGUUUAGCUUUUAUCAGUUAAGUCCAAUCUUGGAAUAAGUCAUAAAGAAUAACAAAUCUGAGACUGGCGUAGGAAAAGCAGUAGCCUGUUUUAAGUUGGAAGCAGGAGGUGGAGGAGAGAAGGGAGGAGAAGGAAGGACUGAAGUGUGGUCUUUUAAAUGUCUCCUCACUCGGGGGGUGGGGGAGUGUUAUUGGGGCCGACUUGGGAUGGAAUUGAGGAAGAAGGUUAAACACCAUAUUCUUUGGUAUUAUAUUGGUCAUUGUAAUGGCAUUUGUAAAGCAUGGGGGGAAAGGGAUCAUUUGCUUUCCUUUCGUGGUGUUAACGUGUGCCUGAAUGUAUAGCCGCUAAAACAUAAGCCUGUCCACCUGACUUAUUUAAAUAUUAUGAGAAUAUAAAAAAGUAAUCUUUUUUUUUUUUCAUGUGUCAGUAGGCUACCCCUUAAAGCAUUCGUAGCAUCUGGCAAAUACACCCUAAUAGGCUGGCCUGGCAUUUCCAGAUGUUGCUGCAUCGGGAGAGGAUAUAAUGAAAAUAAAUCUGUUGCUGCCCAUGUGUCUUCUCUAAGCAACACAGGGAGAGGGAUGUUGGAGAUAAAUUGCCUAAUGAUAUUGUACAAAGGAUAGAUUCAAUAAUGAAGUCAAUUUCAUUGAUAGAAAAUGCAUGUUUUAACGAGAUGCUUAGCGAACUGGGGCUCAGCCUUGGGGAUGUUGAUUUCUCACCUUCCUGCUAGGAACCCACUGGGGAAGUAUAGGAUUCUCUCCAAAGGUGGUUGCCUGGGUUGAAAGCCUCCAGGUACCUUCUGAGAGCAAAAUAUUAGGGUUUUUUUGGCUGCUUGGGAGAGAGAGACUUUUAGCAUUCUUUCAGGAUAUGCUCGCAGAUCCUUCCAGCACACACUCACUUUCGCAUCUGGUUUGUUUCAUCCUUCUGAAACAAAGGUGCUCUCCCACUCUUACUCUAUUUCAAAGAGCUACUCUGUCUCAACCACAGCAGCCCUGCCAAGAAAAGAAAAGAUGAAAGGCUAGAGCAUGAGCUUCCUUGAGAUUUCAAGUGUCCUACCCCAGCUAAGAUGGAAAAAGAAGCCAGGAGAGGGGGGAGAGGCAAGGGCCCAGCGUACCGUGUGAUGAAUUCCAUGCCAGUGACUAAGGGCUUUUUAUCUCAGGUGUCCACAUCCAGUAGUGCGUUUGGGGCCGGGCAUUCCCUUGAAAUGAUUGACAUCCCUAUAGGCACCCCGUGGAGGCAUGGUGUCAGGAAAUUACACCUGGAAAAUCCAGCCAGUGUAGCAACCAUCUGAGUUACUAUAUACCCUUGAGGAUUUCCCUUCUUUAAAAGAAGAUGACAACAACCUUGUGCAUUUGCUGUGUCUUUAUCUGAUGCCCCAUGUGGCAUCAUCUUUAUGUAAAUGCCAUAGUUGAAAAUAUGAGACUGCUCAAAUCUUUGUGAAUCCAGCAGUUCAGCUGGGGAUGUCACAUCUCUCUCUCUCUCUCUUUCUCUCUCUCUCUGGCCCAGCAACUUUCAUAGUAUUAUCCAGGUACUACGCUCAAGGGGCAGCUCUUCUAUAAAAUCAUGUAUAAAAUCAUGCUUUGCAGCUUUAGAAAUCAAAAUUCUGUAUUUCAUAGGGGGGGAAGGAUUACUCUCUUCUAAGAAAAAUGGACAGGUGAAUGCAUGCACGCAUGUGUUUAGAGUUGCUUCUCAGAAGACAGAGCUGAUAGCAACUAUUAAAAUAUAAAUGAAUGAAUGAAUGAAUGAGAGGUCUAGCUCGGGCUGGUAACAUUUUUGCCUUAGUAGAGGCUCCAUGUCAACAGCUCCAGGAGGGAAACCCUUAUCUCUGGGGUAAAAAAGAAAAAAAAAAAAAUCCCUCCCUUGAUAUGCUAACAAUUGCUAUCCCCCUAAUUGUUGGUGAAGGCAGAAAAAAGAAAGAAAAAAUCAUAGCAUUGCCAUUGACAAAACAGGACACUGAAAAUAAAGUGAAGUUGUCUUUUCCCUUAUCCCACAUUUUGGGGAUUAAAGCCAGAAUAGGAUAGGAAAUCCAGUAGUAUUUCCAACAUUGAUACCCCAUCAUUAAAAAGACCCUGUCUUUAAAAUGAAACUAGCAGGCAAGCAAACACCUAAAUAAUCGAAAAUUACCAAAGAACAACAAAGAAACAAAAAAACUUAAAGAUUUUUACUCCCUAUUCUUAUUCCCUCUCCCUAUAACUGUGACAUCUCUUGCAUUGCUCAGUUGCCUGUGUGUCAAAAUAACUUGUGGACAUUGGAAUCUAUUUGAAAAUGUAUUGUGUGGAAUGUAAUAAAAUGAUGAUAUUUUUUAUACAAA